AUUUUAAUUGGCUAACAAAGUUAAUAAAGCAAUGCUACCAACUUUCUAAGACGGGACACUUCUGGCCAUAACUCUGUCAGUGUUCCAGAUUGUUGGCCACCCAACUGCUUAAUUUGAUCAAAUAAAGUGCUGCUUGAUCAAGAAGUCUCCACUUUGGUUAUCUGAUUAGAUUGAUACGGUAUCUCAAGUUUAAGUAAGGGACUGGGAUCUUACAGUUGAGAAACUGGCAUUUUUUUCCACAUCUGUCCUUCUGCCUCAGAGUGGAAGAGAAUAAAGUGAUUAAUCAAAUAUUUUGAACUGUGCAUUCUUGCCAAAAUUGUUCCCAUUUCUAAAUUCCAGGCAAACAGCUUGCCAUGCAGAGUUGAAGCUGUGGUGCUGAUCAGAGUGCUAGCAACCCUUCUGAUACUAUAGCUUUCUUACGGACAAAAGUCUUCUGAACUGGUCAUUGGAGGUGAUGAAUGUAACAUAAAUGAACAUUGUUCCCUUGCACUCGUUUAUAUCACUAGCGAUGGUUCCUGUGGUGGGACUUUGAUCAACAAGGAAUGGGUGCUGACCGCUGCACACUGCGACAAGGGAAAUAUGCUCAUAUUCCUUGGUAUGCAUAGCCUAGAGGUACCAAAUAAGGAUGUGCAGAAAAGAGUCGCAAAGGAGAAGUUCAUUUGUCCCAAUAGGAAAAAAGAUGACAAAAAGGACAAGGACAUCAUGUUGAUCAGGCUGGACAGACCUGUCAGCAAUAGUGAACACAUCGUGCCUCUAAGCUUGCCUUCAAACCCUCCCAGUGUGGGCUCAGUUUGCCGUAUUAUGGGAUGGGGCGCAAUCACAUCUCCUAAUGUGACUUUGCCUGCUUUCCCUCAUUGUGCUAACAUUAACAUAGUCCGUAAUGCACUGUGUCGAAAAGCUUACGCAGGGUUGCCAGCAACAAGCAGAACAUUGUGUGCAGGUAUCCUGCAAGGAGGCAAAGAUGCAUGUGUGAAACUUAUCCCAAUGUCCCUCGUUGUGCUAACAUUAACAUACUUGAUUAUGCAGUGUGUCAAACAGCUUACCCAUGGUGGCCAGCGACAACCAGAACAUUGUGUGCAGGUAUUCUGGAAGGAGGCAAAGAUGCAUGUGUGGGUGACUCUGGGGGACCCCUCAUCUGUAAUGGAGAAAUCCAGGGCAUUGUAUCUUGGGGGGCGCAUCCUUGUGGCCGACGUCGUGAGCCUGGCGUCUACACCAAGGUCUUCGAUUAUACUGACUGGAUCCAGAGCAUUAUUGCAGGAAAUACAGAUGCAACUUGCCCCUUUGUAAACUUUUGAAAAGGGGGAGAAAAUGUAACAUAUUACUACAUCACUUCUAUAUCCCUAACCAUAUCCAACUACAUUGGAAUAUAUUCCCAGGCAGUAAGCAUUUUUUAGACUCAAAUAGGACUGCCUUUGGAGUAAGAAAUGCUCAAAAUAGUGCUGCAGGGAUCAUGUCCCGUUUAAUUUCAGUAUAAAACAAUCUCAGUAAAACGGAGGCCUGUUUUAGGGUGAGGUGCAAAAUUUUCUGACUCUAAAAUGGACCAUUCCAAAUAUUUUAAGCUCUGAAUAUCUUUCCAUUUCUGUCCACCUCUGGGACAGUAGGGUCCUUGAUGCUCUCUGAGUUUCUCUUCUUGCAGACGUUUUAUUACCCAGCUAGGUAACAUCAUCAUGCUAGAAUAUUCUCUUCUAUUGGUACUUCUGUGGCAUUUACAAUAUGCUCAUAUGGAGUCAUGCAGCCACCCCACAAACAUAUCCAUAUACCCAGGUCCCACUGUUGCCUAAAAAGGAUCCCAGAUUACCCUCCACUUUCCAAUCACUAAAUAGAAUCUUUUGAGAAUCAUGUUUUCAUGUAAAUUUUCAGGUAUCUACAGCAAUAAAAUUGUAUAAAUCGUU